AUGUCAGAUGCAUUAGUGAGCAUCGAAACAUUAACACCAAAAUCGUUAGAAGGUCAAGUUGCAUUAGCACUAAAUAUAUUGAUUCAACAAACACCUGUGACAUUUCAUCAUACACUGAAAUUUAUCAGAGAUGCACUUCGUUCGAAUCAAUUGCAAAAUAUGUUUAUGACAACCUGGGAAAUUGCAUUUACGACAGCUGCAGAAAGUUAUAUUGUAGCAACAAUUCCUCGCUCGUACAAUAAUAAUACAUGUUCAUGUGCAGCAUUAUUUUCACCUUCAUGUUGGAGACCACUCGACUUUGUUUUAAACAACGGAAUAAUAACAAUACCAGAUUUUGUUGGUGGUUGUUUGCCUGUGGACGGAUUGCGUCAGUCAACACUGGAAUGUCUCUUCGAUUCAGCCUGUUUGUUUAUGCUCAGUACAUUGCUGAACAGUUCAAUGGUUCCACCUUCGCUCAAUGCAUCGAUUGUUACUCAAUUACCGUAUUUAACAACAACCAUCGGCUCGAUUAUCGAUGAAUUAUUCGUCGAAGAGUGGAUCAACACAAGCAAUUUUUCCGCCUAUUAUCAAGAAUGUUCUCCCCGUUUAUGCCGUGUGACACUUAACGAAAACAAUAACGUUAUCUAUAUGAUUACAACAUUGUUAGGCUUCUAUAGUGGUCUCACACUUUGCCUUCGAUUUAUCAUUUUACGCAGUUUUUUGGCGUUCAAAACAGUACGAUAUUUCAGACAGAAACGGCGUGAGAACAAAACAAAUGUCGCUUUCCGUAACAAAACUGAUCAAAGUACUGAAAUCUGA